AUGGCCAAAGAAGAUACUGGGGCAACAGCACCAAAGAAGCCUGAAACGGCGCAAGUAGCUAACAUUAAUGGGAUAGAUAAGUUAGAACCUCCAAAGACGAAAGAGGAAGCUGCAGCUAGUAAAAGCGUGUCAUCUGAGAAGGCAGCACAUGCUAGUGAUGAAAGUUUCAAGAGAAGUAUCCAUGAGGCCUCUUACGUAGGUUGGAAACAGAUUGGUGGCUGGGAAGACAAAGACGAAUUAACCCUAGAUGAUGAAUUGAUGGAUAUGAGUAGGGAAACCCUCUUAAAUAACAUCAUACCAGACAGCCUCUACGGUGACUGGUAUCAUUCGGUAGCAAUUUUUUUUGUCGGAGGCGUAAUAUCAUUUGCACUCGGUCAUUAUAAGUUUUCAAUGGGUUCGGCAUUUUUUGUUAUUGUUAUCACAUCAUUGUUGUAUAGAACAUCUGCCAAAAAAUACAGAGGCUCCAUAAGAGAAUUGGUCCAAAAAGAAUUCACAGUGCAAAAGGUGGAGAACGACUAUGAGUCCUUAGAGUGGCUGAAUACAUUUUUGGAUAAGUAUUGGCCCAUUUUAGAGCCUUCCGUAAGUCAAUUAAUUGUCCAGCAAGCUAAUGAACAGAUGGCUACCAAUGAGGCUAUCCCUCAAUUCAUUACGCAACUAUGGAUUGAUGAGCUGACGUUAGGUGUUAAACCCCCAAGGGUCGAUUUGGUGAAGACUUUCCAAAACACUGCAUCUGAUGUUGUUGUGAUGGACUGGGGUAUCUCUUUUACCCCUCACGAUUUAUGCGAUAUGAGUGCCAAACAGGUUAGAAAUUACGUUAAUGAACUAGCUGUUGUUAAGGCUAAAAUUUUUGGUAUCACCAUCCCUGUUUCCGUGUCAGAUAUCGCUUUCAAGGCUCAUGCUAGAGUUAAAUUCAAAUUAAUGACCCCCUUCCCUCAUGUCGAAACCGUUAACAUCCAACUGCUGAAGGUGCCAGAUUUUGAUUUUGUUGCUUCCUUGUUUGGCCGUUCCAUCUUCAAUUGGGAAAUUUUAGCUAUCCCAGGUCUAAUGACAUUAAUACAGAAGAUGGCCAAGAAAUAUAUGGGUCCAAUCUUGCUGCCUCCAUUCUCUUUACAAUUGAACAUUCCUCAGCUCCUAUCUGGUUCCAACUUGUCUAUCGGUAUCUUAGAAAUAACCGUCAAAAAUGCAAAGGGGUUGAAACGUACGUCCUCAAUAUUGAACGAAUCAAUCGAUCCUUACUUGUCUUUCGAAUUUAACGACGUAUCUAUUGCCAAGACCAGAACAGUAAGAGACACUUUGAAUCCUGUUUGGGAUGAAACUUUGUACGUCUUGUUAAACUCAUUCACUGAUCCCUUGACCAUUAGUGUUUAUGAUAAGCGUGCGAAAUUGAAGGAUAAAGUUCUGGGCAGAAUCCAGUAUAACUUGGAUCUUUUACACGAUAAACCCACACAAAGGAACCUAAAGGCUCAGUUUUUAAGAAAUUCUAAACCGGUUGGUGAUUUGACUUUUGAUUUAAGAUUCUUCCCAACCUUGGAAGAGAAAAAAUUGCCGGAUGGAUCUGUGGAGGAGCUACCUGAUUUGAAUACUGGUAUUGCUAAAGUUGUAGUUGAAGAAGGUUCUCGUUUUGCUGAAGAAGAAAAGAAGAUUACUGCCUAUGUUGAAGUUUAUUUGAAUGCUAAAUUAGUGUUAACUACUGGUAAGGCAACUGACACUGGCACUUUGAAAUGGAAUUCGGACUAUGAAGCAGUUAUUGCAGAUCGCCGCAAAACGAGAUAUAAGUUCGUAGUCAAAGAUAGCAAAGGUGAAGAAAUUGGAUCUACCAUUCAAACCUUGAAUGAUUUAAUCGAUAGAAGCCAAGUGGACAAAAAAUUGAUUCCAUUAAAAAACCAGAAGGGUGAUAUUAAAGUUAGCACUUAUUGGAGACCUGUCAGACUGGAGAUUGGCUCCAACUCCGUUGCUUACACACCACCAAUUGGCGCCAUCAGAGUGUUCAUCGAGAAGGCAACCGAUUUGAGAAAUUUGGAAAAGUUCGGUACCAUUGAUCCAUAUUGUAAAGUCUUGGUUAACGGUUUAUCGAAAGGUAGAACUGAUUUCAAGAGUCAAACAUUGAAUCCCGUUUGGAAUCAAGUUAUUUACGUUGCAGUUACCUCACCAAACCAAAGAAUUACGCUCCAAUGUAUGGAUGUGGAAACCGUCAAUAAAGAUCGUUCAGUUGGUGCAUUCAAUGUUAACGUUCAAGAUUUAUUCAAGAAGGAUGAGAAUGAUAAAUAUGAGGAAACCGUUGAUGAAAAAGCAAAAGUUGGCCGUCUGGUGAUGCCUAAGAAAAGACCUAAGGGCACCAUUACAUACUAUACCUCUUUCUAUCCCGCUUUACCUGUUUUAACAUUGGAAGAAAUCCAAGAUUUAGAUAAAGUUAACAAAAAGAAGGAAGCAUUGGAAUUGCGUAAGUCAGCCAUUGAUGAGAAAAAGAUCUCUAAAGAAGACAAAGCCAAAUUUGACCAAGAAUGGAACGAGGUCAAAGAAUUAGAAGACAUGUAUAGUAAUAGACAGAAAUUGGACUUACCAGAAUUAUUGCAAUACAAUCAAGGUGUUCUUGCAGUAACUGUCCUUAAUGGGGAAUUGCCCGACUCUGGGCUAUAUGUUCAAGCGUUUUUCGACGACAAUGGUCAUCCAAGAUUUGUUAGUCCACGUAUUCCAUCCAGAAUUGUUAAGAAUGGGUGGUCAGGUGACGUGAUCAUAAAAGAAUUGGACAAAUCCAUCACCACUUUCAGAGUUGCUAAAAAUAAAAACUUUAACAGAGUGGAGAAAUGCAUUUGUCAGGUAGAACUAUCUACACUGGAAUUAGUUAAGAACUGUUAUUAUAAGCCAUCAAUAUUGCAUCUUUCAGGUGAAGGCAGUGCUAAACUAAUGCUCCAAAUAUCGUGGUUCCCUAUCGAAACUAAAAAGUUGCCAGAGAAUGACCUAAUCACAAAUUCUGGUGAUUUGACGAUUAUGUCCAGGAGUGCAGAAAACUUGGUAGCAUCUGAUUUGAAUGGUUAUUCCGAUCCGUAUUUGAAGUUUUACAUCAAUAAUGAGGAAGGUUGUGCCUACAAGACGAAGGUUGUCAAAAAAACCUUAAAUCCUAAGUGGAAUGAUGAAGGAACCAUUCAAAUUAAUAACCGCUUAAAUGACGUACUAAGAAUUAAAGUCAUGGACUGGGAUUCCACUUCUGCGGACGAUACAAUCGGUACAGCAGAAAUCCCAUUGAAGAAAGUGAAGGUCGAGGGUACUACCGAAUUAGAUGUACCAGUAGAAGGAUUAGAGAACGCCGGUCAAGAUGGUGGCAUGUUGCAUUUAGCAUUCAGCUUCAAGCCAAGGUACACUAUCAGCGUGAGUAAAAGAGAAAAGAAGGUCGGAGAUAUAGCAUCUAAGGGCCUGGGCACUGGUUUGAAAGCUGGUACGACUGUGAUAGGCGGCGGUGUUGGUGCCAUUGGCAAGAUCAAGAAAGGGGUGUUCGGUGGACUGGGCAGCCUCACAAACCAUAAGAAGAACCACGAGACGGGUGAAGAAGAAACGAAGUUUUAG